AUGACACUGCAACGAGGGUUGCAUCGAUGUAUGUCGAUGCUGGUCAGACGAUCAACGGUGGCAGUAUCACUGUGUCGCAUCGCGGUGAUUGGAGCUUCACCGCCUCUAGCUCGUGGUCGACUGUUCAGCACAGCACGUGUUGUUCUCGAUCGCGACGUCAGGAACGCCGAAGCUGCAUCUCAGACAGACGCUUCUUCUUCGCAAGCAAACGCAGCCGAUGCUGCCUCGCCCGGAUCCAAUCUAAGCCAAGAUGUGGUCUCGCGCUCGCGACGUUCCAUGCUUUACGUCCCAGGCUCGUCGGAAAAAAUGAUCAAAAAGUCGCAAGCCUCGUCGGCCGACACGAUCAUUUUUGACCUCGAAGACUCGGUAGCCGCGCACAAGAAGGGUUUGGCACGCGAGACGGUCCUGCUAGCGCUCGAAGCAGCCGCUCGACCGGGGCCCGAACUUGCGGUCCGCAUCAAUCCGCCUUCGGCGAAUCGCAGUCUGGCGUCGGACGACCUGGAUAUGAUCUUGCCCAGUCAUCAACUGCAAGCUAUCGUGGUGCCCAAGGUGGAACACGAAGAUGAUAUUCGGCUGAUCAUCGAAAAAGUAAAGGCGCUGAGGCCCAGUUCAGCUUUCGAACAGAUUGGCGCACUGGCAUUGAUCUUGUCGGUGGAAUCGGCAGCAAGCCUGUUGCAUAUGUCGAGAAUCAUUGAAUCAGUCCGCAAAAGUCUAGGACAGGAUGCGCACACAGGCAAUCUACUGUCCACCACAUCCAAGCCGCCAGUCGCCGAGAUUGUGGCGCUCUUGUUUGCGUCCGAGGACUACUGUGCGUCGACGGGUAUCCUACGCACCCGAGAUCGCAAAUCACUCCUCUUCCCACGCGCACACAUGGCUACGAUCGCCAAAGCGCACAACCUCUCGGCGAUCGACAUGGUUUGCAUUGAUUACAAGGAUGAGACGUACCUAGUCGAAGAGGCGGAAGAAGCAAAGCAGAUGGGAUACGACGGCAAGCAGGCGAUUCACCCGGUUCAGGUGGAUGCGAUCCAGCAUACCUUCAACCCGACCCAAGAGGCGGUCGAGAGAGCAGCGAGGAUCUUGCAUCUCUACGAGCACGCCAGUCAGAGCGAGAACAGAGGUGCGUACGGCUUGCAAGAGAAAGGCGGUGGAAUGACCAUGAUCGAUCGACCGAUGUUGUUGCAAGCGAAUGCAGUGGUGCACAAGGCGCGCAAGGCGCGCAUGAGAAUUCCCGAGCCAAGCGAGCUAUAA